CGGAGCCAUGGAUGGGUUGUAGACGGCGCUGCGACAGUAACAGAUGGAGCCGGGCUCUCUCAACCCUUCCGGGGAUGCUCUCCAUGGCCUCAGCUUUGGGCAGAAGAUUUACUUUGAGGAUUCUAGCGGAGGGGGAAGUGGGAGCUCCUCCAGGCCACCGCCGGCUCCGGUACAGGCAGCAGCAGCAGCAGCGCCGUCCUCAUCUAGGAAAGGUAAGGGGGUGGCGCAGGGAGGGCAGCCGCAGCCGCCAAGGUGCCAGGUGGAGGGAUGCAAUGCCGAUCUGACUGGCCUUAAGACCUACUACUGUAGGCAUAAAGUGUGCGGGAUGCAUUCCAAGGCGCCCAAUGCGAUUGUUGCUGGGUUGGAGCAGAGGUUCUGUCAGCAGUGUAGCAGGUUUCAUCAGUUAUCUGAAUUUGACCAAGGAAAGCGCAGCUGUCGCAGACGUCUGGCAGGACAUAAUGAGCGCCGGAGGAAGCCACCUAUGCUUCUCCCAUCACGCUUGGGCUGCCUUCCUCCAAUUGCACACGGUUACCAGCACCUCCUAAGUCGUUUUCAUGUUUCCAUUUCUUUGUUUAUACUGCAUUUCCAUACCAGUAUUUGUUUUUAUCUUUGUUUUUUUUUCUGCUGCAUUUAUGGUGAAACCAGUAUGGUCUGUUAUAUAGAACAAUCUAGGAGAUCGAGAAGCUUUCUGGUGGAUUACAGCUACCCAAUUUUCUCAAGCAAUGCAAGAGGUGUCUUGCCACCUGCAAGGUCCGGUCUGGUGGUUUCUAAUGAAUGGAAUGAAGGUUUAGAUGCUCCACCCAUUGCACCUGCUUUGCAUGGUACUACACCUCCGUGUUUUCAGGGAUCUUCUGCAGGGCCAUUUGGCUCUCCAGAGGAAUUUCCACCUGGUGAAUAUGUCAUAGAAGUCUCGGACUCUAGCUGUGCUCUCUCUCUUCUGUCAACUCAUGCAUGGGAUAGACACUCUACCAACAAUUUUCCUUCAGAAUUUCCAGCAAGCAGCAACUUGGAUGGUUCGCCAAUGUCUCAUUCCAGCAUCACCAGUGAUCGUGGCCUCAACUCCUGGGGCUUCAGAGGUCAUAGAGACCGGACUAUUGCACAUGAGAUCCAUGAUGAAAUGCCAUUGGCAGGGGCAACUGGAGCUAAUGGCUCUCACUUCUCCGGUGAGUUAGAGUUUGCUUUGCAUGAAAAUGAUCAGUGCUCUGACCAUGGUUCUGAUAGCGCAUAUGAUAAUUCAGGCCCGAACAUGCAUUAGUCUCUUUAGUUUAGAACUGGUCAUGGUUUAUUUUGAUGAAAUCUUGGUGAUGUAGCUUGUUUGGAUGCCUUUGUUUGAUGGCUAGCAUCAUGCAUCCAAAUCUUCGUGAACCCUGAAUUGCUUCAUUUCCAAAGAUUCAUGUUGUGUUACUAGACAUUGAUAUCUAUAUGUAUGAAACCUGUGUUCUAUUACACCUAGAUUGAUCCAGGUUAG